UCUUUCCGUGAACGUUUAGCUUCAUAUAUAGUAGAUAAUAAUUUAACUCAUGCCCAGGGCAAUAAUUUGCUAUCUCUAUUACGUUCAGAAGCUUCGAGUUGUCCUCAUGUUACAAUGUCUUCCUUAUUAAGUUUGCCAAAAGAUGUUCGAACGCUUCUUGGUACAGCCCGUGGCAGUAUUGUUAUCUCGGUUGUACCACCAGGAGAAUAUAUUCAUUUCAAUGUACAAUCUCAAAUAUUAAAGGAAUUGGUAAACUCUUCUCAUGUAACUUAUAGUAACUUGACAGAGUUACAAUUAGAUAUGCAUACAGAUGGAUGUGCCUUGGACAAAUCUGGUUAUAUUCAUGUUUGGCCUAUUCAGUGUAGAAUUGCAAAUCUACCAAAUAGCAGACCAAUCGUUCUGGGUAUUUAUAAAGGUAAGCAAGAACCAUCUGAUCCGAAUGGUUUCUUUGACAAAGUUAUCACUGACAUCAAGCUUCUUAUUUCUUCUGGAGGCAUUACUUUCAAUGGAUACACGAUACCAAUUACAGUACGAUGCUUUAUAGCUGAUGCACUAGCUCGGGCAUUCAUACUUAACCAUCUUGGACAUGUGUCUUACAAACCCUAUUCCAAAUGCACGAUUCGUGGUGUACAAGUACAAAACCGCACUGUAUUCAAUGGUGUCCAUCACCCUCUACGUACCGAUGACAAAUACGUUACGUGUGCAGAUGGAGAACAUCAUAGAGGUUCAAGUUCUUUAUCCCUCAUACCAAUGGGACUGGUAUCUCAGGUUCCGUUCGAGUACAUGCAUUUUGUAUGUCUUGGCGUGAUGAAAGAGUUAUUAUCUGCUUGGGUGCAUGGCAAGUACUCUCGCUCAGCUAAAUUGUCAAGAAGGCAGAUUGAAUUAAUAUCUAGAAGAAUGCAGAUCUUGUGCGAAUAUUGCCCCUUAGAUUUUGCACGACGUCCUAGACUCAUAGAAGUCUACCCUAAGUAUAAAGCGACAGAGUUCCGUCAAUUUCUUUUUUACACAGGACCUGUUGUUAUGUUUGGUGUGCUGAACGAAGAUUUGUACACCCACUUCUUAUUUUUACAUGUAGCAAUUCGAAUUUUAAUUUCGCAAUCAUUAUCAACUCGCUACAUUAAAAUUGCUGAGGUCGCUCUUGAGAAGUUUGUUCUUCGCAGUGAACAGUUAUACAGGCCAACUUUCAAUUCUUACAAUGUUCAUCGUCUCCUGCAUCUCACC